ACUUGGUGUAUGUCUAUGCAGGAAUGGCCAGAAGGAUCACUUGAAGAAACAGUGCAAAACGCUGUCAAGUCAUGGGAGAUGGAAGUCUCCCACAAGGUUCGCUUGCAAGACUUCAAGUCCAUUAACCCUGAAAAAUUCAAGCUCAUCGUUAAUGGGAGAGAAGGAUUAACAGGAGAAGAGACUCUAAAGAUAGGGAGCUACAAUGCACUGUUGAAGAAUUCUCUACCAAAGGAGUUUCAAUACUACAAAGCAGAUGAAGAAACGUUUGAAUCAUCUCACGAAGGCUUCCGUUCAGCUUUUCCUCGUGGAUUUGCAUGGGAAGUCAUCAGUGUUUACUCAGGACCUCCUCUGAUUGCUUUCAAGUUCAGGCACUGGGGUAUCUUCCAGGGUCCUUUCAAAGGACACGCCCCAACGGGGGAGAAGGUUGAAUUCUUUGGCUUGGGAACUCUCAAGGUUGAUAAAUCUCUUAAGGUAGAAGAAGUUGAGAUUUACUAUGACCCUGGAGAGCUAUUUGCUGGCCUACUCAAAGGUCCACCAAUCUCAGAAUCACAAACAGGCGAUGAAGACACUGCUCAAUGUUCAGCAACAGCUCAUGGCUGCCCUUUCAAGAAGUGAAUAUAUACAUGCACUUGGAAUAGCUUCCCAUGUGCCUCAAUUUGUGCUCAAUGUAAUUGCUGACAGGCAACCCCUAGCUCAAUAAAGAUGAACCUUUAUCUAUUUUGAGUGCCAUCCUAUUUAUAUUUACUGUAAGAAAGCAAUGAAAUUAU